GGUAAAAGGUCGCCAUUCAAAUCAUCUAAAGGUAAUGGCGUCUAACUCUAUCUCUUCCUCACGUAUCUCUGGCUCAUCUUGGACACGCAAGCAAGACAAAUUGUUCGAGGAGGCCCUGGCCGUAUACGACAAAGACACCCCUGACCGGUGGCAGAAUGUUUCUAAGGCUGUGGGAGGGAAAUCUGCAGAAGAAGUGAAAAGGCAUUACGAGAUCCUUAUAGAGGAUCUCAAGAACAUUGAGUCUGGUCAAGUUCCCUUCCCCAAUUACAGGUCUAGUGGAAGCAAUGGAAAAGGCUUCUGAAGUAUCUAAAGCUUCAGUGAGAUUGGAGCAAGGUUCAUAAACUAAAGUAAAUUGCACUGGUAAAAGAUCUGU